AGCUCUUCAUCUCUCCAUUUCUGAAUUGUCCUCGCCUUGUUCUACGCCACCCAGAUUAAGUUUUCCAUAUCGUGUCGCUCAUUCUUGUUACAGCUUUCUUGGUCCCAUUUCUGUCUUUCACUCUCCUACCCAGUUUAUUUCGGUACCACGUGUCGUGCCACCGUUCUUUCUGCCGCCUUCGCCCAGCUUGAGUACCCAGCACCGCACUCGUCCCCCCGAUGACGGCGCCGAAGCUGCUUGUCGCUGUGGUGGCUGUUGCGUGCGUGGUGCUUGCCGCCGCCGCUGUGCCCGCGCACGCCCUGCACGCCACGUCGUCCGCUGCUGCCCUGUUUGCGGAGUUCAAGCAGACGUACGGCCGCGCGUACGCGACGCAGGCCGAGGAGGCUCGGCGGCUGCGCAACUUCGUGCACAACCUGGAGGCGACGAAGGUGCACCAGGCCCGCAACCCGCACGCGACGUUCGGCGUGACCAAGUUCUUCGACCUCUCGGAGGCCGAGUUCCGCCGGCACUACCUGAACGGCGCGUCGCACUUCAAGUCCGCGAUGAAGCUCGCGGCGACGCUGCCGGUUGUGAGCGCGGACGUGUCGGCUGCUCCUGCGACGAAGGACUGGCGCGACGAGGGCGCCGUGACUCCCGUGAAGGACCAAGGCCAGUGCGGCUCCUGCUGGGCGUUCUCUGCGGUGGGCAACAUCGAGAGCCAGUGGAAGGUUGCGGGCCACCCGCUGGUGCGUCUGUCUGAGCAGCAGCUGGUGAGCUGUGACGACGUCGAUAUGGGCUGCAACGGCGGAAUCAUGGACCAGGCCUACGAUUGGCUGAUUAACAACGCGAACGGUAACAUGUACACGGAGGAGAGCUACCCCUACGUCUCGGGCAGCGGCCUUGAGCCGCACUGCAAUGAUUCCAGCGACCUCGUCAUCGGUGCCUCAAUUGAGGGCCACGUCUCUAUCAAACAGGAUGAGGAUGUGAUGGCUGCGUGGCUGGCGGAGCACGGGCCUAUUGCGAUUGCUGUUGAUGCGAAUGCCUUCCAGUCAUACCGCAGUGGAAUCCUUACGGACUGCAACGGAGGGCGUUUGAACCACGGUGUGCUGCUGGUUGGGUACAACACGACGAACGAGAUCCCAUACUGGGUGAUCAAGAACUCGUGGGGUGCAGACUGGGGCGAGGGUGGGUACAUCCGCGUGCGCAAGGGCACGAACGAGUGCCUGAUCACGGAGUACCCCGUGUCCGCCACGGUGUCUGGCAACGCGACCACCACCACCACGAAGGCGCCUCAGCCGAUGGUUGUGGAGUACACGGCGUGCCAAGACCGCCAUUGCCACAAGAACUGCACAACGAAGCGUUUGCCUGUCGGUGAGUGCCUCAAGGGACACAACACUUCGUCCAUCUUGUUGUGCGGUCGUGACCAGGUGGUGGAGGCCAGCUACGCUUCCAGCGACUGCAGCGGGUUGGCGCGGUACGAAAUGGCGAACGCCAACGAGUGCGUGAAAGAGAAGCAGACCUACUUCAAAGCGGCGUGUGUGUCCGCGUAGGGAUGAAAGAGCGUGCACGGCGUCGCGCGAGAGGGCGGCCGAGCGCAGUUGCCUCGGAUAAUGUAGGCGGCGCCACAACGGAAGGGGGGUCGUGGAAGGGGAGAACAAAUGACCCCGCCGACUGCAUGUACGGGGGCGGCGGGCACGAUGCUGUCUCCGCAGCGGCCAUGCACGUGCGCCCCCCCCCCUCUACGUCGCUUCUCCCUCUGCGGUAGCGAAAAGAACGAAGAGAUGUGGGCGGCCCACUUUUGCAUGCCGCUACCUUUGUCUGGGCUGACUGUAGUGAGGCCGCGCUGUGGUAGCGCUGAGUGGGAGACACAGCAGCUGGUCAGGUCCUUGCUUUAGUGUUUUAGCCACAAGAGGACUGUUUUGUGGCGGUGUCCCUCGCUCGCCGCCGUGUCCCCACACGCGUUACGACUUUGUCGCAAGAUCAUCCCCGAGGCUGAGCAAGUUACUGCGACGAGGACGUGCACCACGGCUCUUUUCGUGACUGUUCGGAGAUAUAAGUAAGAAAGCUCGUCGUUUUUCCAAGGCCAACUUUAAGCGAGGACGCAAAUCUAACUAUUAUUACCUUCUUUUCUAUUUCCAUUUUCAUUGUCUCUUGUGCAUGCACUGCACAUGAUUGACGGUGUAUGGAAUUUCUUUCCUAUUUGUUCUCUAUUUGUCAUUAGCUAGUCAAACGAAG